AUGACCCAAUCUUUGUCACCUUCUGUCAUGACUACUACGCCGAAGCAAUCCAAGCGCAGUUGCUACACAGUGUUUAUAAAGCUGUUAAAGCUCGUGUCACGGGAGCCCAGAACUACGGCAGAUUGUGAGCCCAAAUCUGCCAGCUCCAGUGCCUCGACUUUCACCAACCACGAAAAACCUCCAACACCUAUACAGUACAACCAAGAUCCUACGAAUAUCAGUACGAGCGAUAUUACAAAAGAAGGUCUACAGCAAGAAAUACCCAAAGCGGAUGGUUGCUGGGGACCACCAAUCAAUAUACCACUCUCCGGAGAGGUAAUACAUAUCCAAACGACCGAUUCACGCGCACAAAACAAAGCGAUAGGAACGAAUCGGUUUCCGUUCUAUUUGGAAGGCUCUACCUCUUGUCCAUGCAUGGAUUGCAUGGCAUAUGAGAUUAAGUGUCUGCAAAUAAAAAAUGCUACAGCUGAAUAUUGGGAUGAAAAGGUGAAGUCAUGCUUGCGAGCCAAGACGCCUUAUUGA